CAUUCCUUUGCCCCUUGUACUGGAAGCUGAGGAGAGAAUGUUUCAGUGCUGUUCCCCUCAGGCCUUGGGACCACCUCCUUGCAGUGGGACUCAGGGUGUGUGAGAGGGAGUGAGGGCCAGCGGAGGGCCAGCUGCCUGUGGGGCCCAACUCACGUGGGGACCUUGAGGCUCAGAAAUAGAACUGAAGACAGAACCCAGUUGCCUGCUUCUCAUUUGAGGACUUUUCUCAUUGUUCUACUGGGCACUCAUCAGAGGGAAGCUAUUUUUCCACAAUUGGCUCCACAUUUUUACUGCGUGGUUUCCAGUUCUACCUUUUUAAGUUUCCGAACUUCUGGACCAUCGUUAACCAAAAGGGCAUCGUGGAAUCUCCAAAGGCCAUUGGCAGGUGGUGCCUGUAACUUCUUUAGCCUGGAAAUAAACAAAUAAACAAGCACAAAUUAGAAGUAUUUGCCCCUAUUGAUGCACUAUUAUUAUUGUUGUGCAAGAUCAUGCAAAAAGUCACUUCCAUUUGUCUGAGAGCCUGUAGGUCAACAGCAAUACCAGAUGGAGGGCUUUGGUGGGUGUUUGCUUGAAAUUUGUAAUGAAAUUUCAGAUCUCUAGAGUAGCACGUCCGAAUUCUUACACGUUUUGGCAAACUCGGGGAAUCCGAGGCCCCGAGAGGUAAAAUGGUACAAUGACUUGUCCACGGUCUCGGAGAGUAAGAGGUAGAGAUCGGACUUGAGGAGCUGGCACUCCGGCAGAUGGCUGCCUCUGGGGUCUGGGGUGAUGAAGACACCGCUGGGACCCGCAGAAGAUGUCAUCUCAAGGAUGCCCAUCCCAGGGCUUCGAGUGCACUACGUAAUCACCUGCUGUUUGUUGAACUGCAGCAAGAGAGGCGAGCGGAGCUGAAAGCGACCUACCCGGGACCGCUGCGCUGGUUAGCGGCUGAGCUGGGGCAAGAAUCCAGGUGUUAGUGUGUUCCCGUUUUUUCUUUUGAGUUCCUGUACCAGUCUCCGGGAUCUCAAGACGCUAGCAGAGCAGUUUGCUGAACCUGGUGUCCACUGACCAUUUGAAGAGCUAGUCAUCUGAGUUUCAGAUUCUGACAAUGUCUCAUCCGUCUUGGCUGCCACCCAAAAGUACUGGUGAGCCUCUUGGCCAUGUGCCUGCACGGAUGGAGACCACCCAUUCCUUUGGGACUCCCAGCAUUUCAGUGUCCACACAACAACCACCCAAGAAGUUUGCACCAGUAGUUGCUCCAAAGCCCAAGUACAACCCAUACAAACCUGGAGGUGAAGGUGAUUUUCUUCCACCCCCACCUCCACCUCUAGAUGAUCCUGGUGCUCUUCCGUCUGGCUCUGGAAACUUCCCUCCUCCACCACCCCUUGAUGAAGGUGCUUUCAGGGCACAGCAGGGAAAUCCUGGAGGCAAGACCCUUGAGGAGAGACGUUCUAGCCUGGAUGCCGAGAUAGACUCGCUGACUAGCAUCUUGGCCGACCUUGAGUGCAGCUCGCCCUACAAGCCUCGACCUCCACAGGGCUCUACUAGUUCGACUGCCUCUCCUCCAGUCUCUACCCCUGUCACAGGACAUAAAAGAAUGGUAAUACCAAACCAACCCCCUCUAACGGCAACCAAAAAGUCUACAUUGAAACCACAGCCUGCACCCCAGGCAGGACCCAUCCCUGUGGCACCAAUUGGAACACUAAAACCCCAGCCUCAACCAGUCCCCGCCUCCUAUGCUACGGCGUCCACCCCUUCAAGGCCUGCCUUCAACGUGCAGGUGAAGUCAGCCCAGCCCAGCUCUCAUUACAUGGCUGCUCCUUCAUCAGGACAAUUUUAUGGCGCAGGCCCAGGACCCCAGGGCUAUAACACUCAACCAGUUUCUAUCUCUGGGCAGUGCCCACCUCCUUCAACACGGGGGGGCAUGGACUAUGCAUAUAUUCCACCACCAGGACUUCAACCGGAGCCUGGGUAUGGGUAUGCCCCCAACCAAGGACGCUAUUAUGAAGCCUAUUGCCCAUCAGGGCCUGGCUAUGGGGGCAAAAAUGACUCUGAUCCAGCUUACGGUCAACAAGGGCAUCCGAAUACGUGGAAGCGGGAACAAGGGUAUACUCCUUCUGGAACAGGAAACCAGAACCCAGCCGGGAUGUAUCCAGUUACUGGGCCCAAGAAGACCUAUAUCACAGAUCCUGUUUCAGUGCCCUGCGCACCGCCACUGCAACAAAAGAGUGGACAAACAGGAUCCAUGGGGCCUCCAGCUGUUCCCCCUUCAUUCCGCCCUGAAGAUGAGCUCGAACACCUAACCAAGAAGAUGCUGUAUGAUAUGGAAAAUCCACCUGCUGAUGAAUACUUUGGCCGCUGUGCUCGCUGUGGGGAAAACGUAGUUGGGGAAGGGACAGGAUGCACCGCCAUGGAUCAGGUCUUCCAUGUGGAUUGUUUUACCUGCAUCAUCUGCAACAACAAGCUCCGAGGACAGCCCUUCUAUGCUGUGGAGAAGAAAGCCUACUGUGAGCCCUGCUACAUUAACACCCUGGAACAGUGCAGUGUGUGCUCCAAGCCCAUCAUGGAGCGGAUCCUGCGAGCCACCGGAAAGGCCUAUCAUCCUCACUGCUUUACCUGCGUCAUGUGCCACCGCAGCCUUGACGGGAUCCCAUUCACCGUGGACGCUGGUGGCCUCAUUCACUGCAUUGAGGACUUCCACAAGAAAUUUGCCCCCCGAUGUUCUGUGUGCAAAGAGCCUAUCAUGCCGGCCCCGGGCCAGGAGGAGACUGUCCGGAUUGUGGCUCUGGAUCGCGAUUUCCAUGUUCAUUGCUACCGGUGUGAGGAUUGUGGUGGUCUCCUGUCUGAAGGAGAUAACCAAGGCUGCUACCCUCUGGAUGGACACAUCCUCUGCAAGACCUGCAACUCCGCCCGCAUUAGGGUGCUGACGGCCAAGGCCAGCACUGACCUUUAAGUUCAGUUAGUUGGUGGUGCUGAGAAGAAUGAAACACAAGAAACAAGAUAAGAAAAGACAUGGGAAAAACACAGGAAAGGCAAUCAAACCGUGGGAUGGUCUCUGUUCUUCGUCUAAUAUUAACCUUUCUUUAGAAACACAUAGAUUAUGAGAUUUUUUUUUUUAAGUUCUCACCAAAUACACAUUUCACAUUUAAUCAUGUAGGACCUUGAUGGGCCUUUGUUCCCAAGGACUUCCACAUUUUUGCACGGAUUAUACUCCAUCCCAUUCACUUCUGCAUUCCUGUAACUUUUAAUCCCUAUGUUUGUCUCACUUUUCAUCUGGUUGAAUGGCUUUUUUUAGUGUGGUAUUUGCUGUCACACAGUUUUUUCCUGGGUGAGUCUGCCAACUCACAGGUGCUUUUAGGCUUGAAGGUCUCAUCCUAUCACUUCCACAUUGCCUGUGAUCAUAAAGGACAGCCAUUCUUUCUGUGUGUAUUGGAAAAGUACAUCUUUCUGUUGCUCUAAACCGGUCAUGUCCCUUGGGGUGGGGGGUGGGGGGUAAAAGUGUGCAAUGUAUAUGUUAGGCAACAAAGAAUUUAAGCUGUAAAUGACAUAGUUUAAAACAAGCGCCUACUGAAUUUGCAACCAAAUUUGAUUGGAAAUUCAAAGUCUAUAGUGAUUUUGGUGCUCAGGGCUCAUUUGAAAACAGUUAUUGGUGAGAUCCAAACUUCAAUUUUUUUCUGAGGGAAUUACGGGUGGGAUAUACUGGGGGAAAAAAAUUGGGGGGGGGUAUGUUUGAAAAGCCUAUUAUUAUCUCACAAUAUUAUCUUAAGAGUUUCCUUUUCCAUGCUACCUAGACAUAAUAAUACAGACAAAUUUUGUUUUCUAUAGAACAUAACACUUUCAAAACCAUCCCACUUUUCAUCUGAGAAAUAUUGCUGUGUUGUUUGUUUGUUUGUUUGUUUGUUUAUAAUAUCCAAACACAACUACCAAAGUUGAGUUUUUCCAGGAGGAAUAUUGCUUAUAAAGAACUGUUCAUAUUCUUCCUUUUUUUCCCCCAGGCCCAGGUCCUUUUUGCCUGACAACUGCAAAUCAGAGCACACAUAAUAAAAUCGUGUAGUUUGUUUAGUUUACUUUUAAAAAGACAGGAAAGCUUGAAAAGAUUGUGAAACCACAGUUUCAUUACUCUUGUAAUCCUGCUAUAAAUCCAAUUACAUAUUGCAGGAGACAUUUUCAUAUCAUCGAUGUGACAUUUACACCACACUUUCAGACAAUCGCUGAAAAAAAAAUUGCCUUUCUGAGCUAAAAAUAUGCAAAGUCUCUGCCUGGAAUCUUUAUUCAAACUCUUACUGGGCAUUGAAAUGCUUGCUUGCCAACUGCAGAACCAUUCUUUUGGGUUCUAACUCGUUUCUUUUAAAGAGAGAUGCCCAUCUUAAUAAUGGCAGGUUGCCAUCUGUAAACUAGUCAAGUAUUUUGGAUUGAGAUUUCUUAAACGUUUCUUCAAAUCUUCCACAAGUAUAUACUUUUAAAUUAUGAAGUAUUUUAAAUAUACACAAAAGAAUAAAUAAUAAUAUAAUGAAUCCCUGUAUACGUGACACCAGCUUAAGAAAUCAAAUAUAACAGAUACAGAUCCAUUCCCUUGUGCACCCGUCCCUGAUUCCACAAAUAGCUUUCUCCUGAUUAUAAAGUGAUAAAGUCAAUUUUCUAGUCUGACUUUUAUUUUAAUUUUUAACACUCAGAACAUAAAUGAAAAAUUAUUUGUGCAUGUUUUAAAUUAUAACCCAUGCCUCAGGAAUUCCAAUUACAUUUAUUUUACUUUAGUAGAAAUAAUUGUAAAACUGGUUUGAUUUUCUUGUUUUCAAUAAGAAAUUCUUAAGCCUUUGGUCCUUAGCUUCAUCUAAGUUAAUUUGCGGCUCAUUCGCCUUGCUCACCCAAUAGUUUUGUGUUAGAACUGCCGAUGUUACGGCUUUCCACGGUUUUCCCAGAAAACUUUGUCCUUUCCCUACUUUGCUACUCUUGUCAUUGGUCUUUUAUAUGUUUCUUAAUGUGAAAUACAAUGGGAUUCAUUUUGGGCAGCAUGUGAAUUUUAGGAUACAAUAGUGACUGUAUCUCUGAAUUUCUGUCUUCCAAGUUCAAGAUCAGACCAUGCUGAUGAUCUCAAAGAGCACUGAGUGUUGGGCAGUUGGAGAGAGAAUACAAUCUGCUUGAAUUGCUCCAGCAAUUUGUUGUCUAUGAAAUACUUGGGGGAAAUUGUGUUUAGGCCAAAAGCCCAAUUUAUUGAGAGAUGGCUGUUAUCUCUUGAAGUGCAGUCAUAUUAUUAUAAAUUUUGCCAAAAGAGGAAAAUUUAUGAAAUAUUUAUGCUAUAAAGAUGCAAUAACAUUCUACUUGUUUGCUACAUUUAAGUCCUUAUGUAACUAAAUGUUUACAAGCCAAAACAUUUUAAAAAGAGAGAGAGUUAUAAGAAAAUGCUGUCACAGACCCAUCACUGUGGCAUUGCCAGAAUACUGCUUGCUUUCAAUCUUUAUAGUACAUUUUUAUCACAUAACCUCAGAGUAUCUUUACCAAAGAGUUUUAAAGUAAAUCUCUUUUUAAUAUAGACCUAUUAUACUUUUAUAAUAAUGAAUGUGCACACAUACAUAUGCAGAAAUAUUUAGAUUUAGAUUUCUUUUCUUUCACAAGUUAUAUUAAGGAAAGGAUCCUACAUAUUUUAUUCCGGGAUUUCUUAAUUAUAUGAUUUAUAUUGCUUUCUUGUCUUUUCUAUUAAUCAUUUGGUUUAAACAAUGCCAAAUUACUCUUUACUGUUCUAGUUACGUGAAAUUUUGCCUAUAACAGAGAUAGAAAGAUCAUACUACCUUAACAAUUAUAAUUCUUUUGUCUUUUGAUA